CCAGCAGCGUGGACGACUUCGAAUGGAAAAAUGAAAGGAGCGUGUAAAUCAUUGAUGAAAUAAUCAGCAGGAAUUAUUCAAUUAAUAAAAUAUAUAUGCCUGUUAUAAAAGGCGAUACAGUGGUACUGGUGGCGAAUGAUGGAGCAAAACAACUCGUGAAGCGGAGUGUCUCGGGUCAUUUCUGGAAAAACGAUACUGAUGUUCUUUUCUUAAAUGAUCACAUUCAACGCACUUUAUAAUGUCAUUUAUGCAAAGAUAGAUAUGUCGUUAUAGGGUUAAUUGUAAUGUACCUACGAUUGAGAUUCCAGCGAACAACGGUGGAACCAAUCUUGAAAAUAAUAUUUGAACCUUGAAAUCACUAUGUGAGUAUGACCAUUGCUUCGGACAAUAAGAACAAAUGGUUAACAGUUGCACUUUAUCUACUGCGAGGGUUUUAAGGAUUCAAUUGAGGUAAGCGACCGGCUGUUUGAACAGUAGAUAGCCUAUAUUGCAGGUGUGAUAUCCGGGUGCCUUGUUCCACCUCUGUGUCAGCAAGUUAUUACAUUUCAACAGGGUAACUAUACAAUGUUACAAAUCAUAAUCAGGAGUGGAAUUAGUCGCGAAAGAACACACUGUAGACACUGAACACACGAAUACCAAUGUCGCACGUGCACACCGAAACGGAUCGAAACCUUAUACAAACUGUAGCAGCCUCCCCGGAGAGAAAGUAAAAGACAACACAGUCUUGUGAACAGAGGAGCUCGAGUGAAGAGUGAUUAUUGGCGGAAAAAUGCGUCCAUGUUUAAUUCACUGUUAAUGGGUUACAAGAGGGCUUUCAUCGGCGUUUGUCAACUGACAAUUGGAAGUAUGACAAUUUAUCGACAGAACCGCUAAAAAGCUUGGUUUUUAAUGAGUUGACGAUAAAUGUCAUGAACACUUAAUGGAAGAGGCUGGAAGACAGACCAGAAAGAGUGGAAAUAUUUAUUCUGGAUUACUUUAUCAGGAAUAACGAAACUCUUCAAAAUAAUUAUAAUCUAAAACGCCCGACUAUUGUACCUGGACAAGAGAUGGAUGACCAGAGUACGUACACUGGGCAGUAUGCCAAGAGGCUGAUGAGAACCAAGAAGAUGGACUCAAGCAACAAGUUGCGGUUGCGUUCCCUACACGUGCAGCUGGGGUCAUUGCUCGUGCAGCGGAAAGCCCUCAAUUCAAAAGUUACCACGCGACACUUUGAGCUGCUGCGGGAGGCCGUCGACGAGGACGCAGAUCCUUACGAGAUCAAGGUUCGACUCAAUCGGCUGGAGCAGUCACUAAAACAGGAGGGCCUCUAUAAGAACGUUAAGGCAGACUUUGUCCAGCUCCGCAAGGAAAUACUCGGGUUGCUACAGUGGACGCCAGGAGAUGGGCCUAAACAACAGUCGCUGCCCGGCAUUUUGGGGCCAAGGGACCGCACGUUUUACGUGGCGCCAAAAAACGCGGACGACAAAGACCCACCCAGUGGUACACAUCAGACGCAAAAACAGUUAGCGGGCGGACUGUCGGCAGACGACAUGCGGUUGUUGAACUCCGCCAUCGGCAAGCUCUACCGCCAUCUCCAGUUGAGCCAGAAAGAACCGGAACUGACUUCAUCGGAGAUAACGCAGCGCGAGACGACAGUACAGAAGGAGAACGUGAACGUCCUGACGUUAUCGCACGUGCAACCCGAUGAAUCGUUCCACGACAUCGUGCUCAAACUGCGCAACUUCGAGAAGGAGUUCCAGCGGCAGAAGGUCCAACAACACCGGGAGCUCCGCAGAUUACAAGAAGAAAUCAAAAGACUUAACAAAAUCUCUGUAGAACUACGAAAGGAAAACGAAAGGAUGAAGGGCGUCCAACCGAUCCAGACGAAGGCGAAGGGGAAGCAAGUGGAGCGUCUGGAGGAGAGGCACCGGACGGAGAAGAAGGACAUGGAGGACAAGAUCCAUGUGCUGGAGAGCGGCAUGCGGAGGAACUUCGCACACCUAUUAAAUGACAGAGAUGAGGUCCGCGCUCAGGUGCGCACGGACGUAGAAAGUCUGCAAGCGUCUAUUGACAACAUCCACAACCUCGUACUGGGUCACCGGUGGGAUCGGGCCCUCAAUUCCGGUGGAGAUGAGGCGGACCUGCUACCCACCAGGGACCUCCUCAACAUGCUCACGAGCGUCGCCGGCGGCAUCCAGGUCCUCAAGACUAAAAAUACAGACCUCUCAAGGAGGGUGGAGGAGUUGACUACGUGGCGGCGGUGCCUGAAGGAGGUUGACCGGGAGGUCGGCCGCUUCGCUCGUGCCUUCUCGGAGGAUGACGAGGCCGAGAAAACCGCACUGGGUCACGAGACGGAUCCACACAACCUCCUCGCUCAAUGCAAAAUCAAGCUCCAGAAAACGAAAGAUAACAUCAACACGAAGAUUAAGAACCAUGGAGACACGACAAGCAUUAUAAAGCGGAAAGAGCGUGAUGUGAUCAAGUACCGGAAGUCUAUGGACGAGUUGCAAGGUGAGAUCUGCCGGCUGCACGAGCAGGUGAUUUCCGUUCAGAUCCAGGACAUCUCCAUCUCCAUGCCGGAACUCGACCGCCGUCACGAGGCUGGGUACCGCUCAGAUCGCUCAGAUGGCUCCGCGGACGAUCUGCCGGAAGCUGACCGCCAGGAGCAUAUGGACCUCAUCGACAAGAUCCGCCAAAUAGGCACUUUGGUCACACACUUUCAACAGCUGAUCAUCGACCGGACCGGGAUCCUGAAUAAGAUGGAGAACGACAUGCUGCCGCUCAAGAUCCGCGUCAACCGCCUACACGAGGAGAUAACCAAGGCGAUGUCGUCACCAGGCUCACCCGAACAUGACCCGGCAGACGACAUCGGCAGAGGCAGACGUGCCUUCUCGCCAGACGAUGCAAACCCUAAUGUGAUUUCAAAAGAAAUAAGCAAUAUGCUCAGGAAACUUUCAAAAAUGGAGCUCUCUAUCAGACAUUUGCUAGAAACGUAUGCGUCAAGUCACGGGAGAGCAUCUAUAUAGUGCAUGUUAAGGGAAAUGAAGAUUUGCUAAGGGGGAUGAUGCGGCAUGGGAAAACCUGCUACAUCAUAUAGUUAUAUUCAUAAAGGUUUUCAACGAAACGAGUAUGUCUGACCGUUUAACGAUUUGAGUACAUUUACCAAAGAUUCUGUGUUCGUGGCGUGAGCUGUCUCUAUAUUCCGUGUGGUCCGUGUGGUCCUUUGUGGUCCGUUGUGGGCCGUGUGGUCCGUUGUGGUCCGUGUGGUCCAUGUUUCCCUAUGAUUAACCAUCACAAUCUGGUGGUACUGUUUUCAAAGCUGUGAUACUUGUUAAACUGUGAUAUUGUUGCUGUUUUAUGUUGUAACUAUGACAAGUCAUGACAUUUUCAUAUGCAUUAUUUGUAAACUAUUAAACGUU